CUGAAAGCGUUCUACGUCGACCUACUGGUCCCCCUCGAGACGAACCUGGAGAAAGACACCAAGGUCGUCCAGAGCGAGCAGAAGAAGUUUCUGCAGCAGCACAAGACCAGGUCCGAAACUUACAGCAAAGCGGCGGCCACGAUGAAGAAGCAGAGAAAGAAGUCGAGGGGCGCGAGCAAGAGUGGACUAGCCAUGGACAAAGAGCUGAAGAAUAUGCAGAUCCUCGAGGAAGAGAAGUCUAAGCUAGACGCCUUUUGUGAACAGAGCUUGAAGAAUGCCAUGACUCAGGAACGAAGAAGGUACGGCUUUGUUCUCGAGCGACAAUGCUCCUUGGCGAAACAUUAUGUCAGUUUUCACGAGGUCGCGCUAGCUGCUCUUCAUCCCGCCGUUGAUCAGUGGCGCGAGGUAGCUGCUACUAGGGAAUAUUUGCCCCAAACAGUGGAAGACAUGUUCGCUUCCAGACUCAGACAAGUCUCGUUCUGGCCAGAGGACGAGGAGAACGGUGGUUCGGAGCUAACCAUGAGUUCGCAAUUACGAAAGACUAGAAGCAUGGACAGCUCUUGCUUGGAGCUCCGACCUGGACCACCUGCAAACGUGCCAAGCACCGUUUAUCAAGGCCCGACUUCGCAUCUUUCAGCUGCUCUGUCCAGAGCCAGAUCAGAGGCCAAUCUGCAUGCUUCGACGUUGUCUCUGGACCCAGAGGUUCCGGAAACCCCGCCGAGGCCGAGGUCCAUGGCACCCCCGGCGUCGCGCAACAGCGGGAGCGGCGGCGGCGGUGGAAGCGGCACCGGGGUGAGCUCCGGCGGCUGGGGUGAUGCACCGUUCGCGAGGGCCCUCUUUGCCUAUUUGAGCUCCGGGGAAAAUCAGCUGAGUUUCCUGGAGGGCGAUCUCAUCGCGUUGAUGGGAGAUCGUCAGAAGGGCUGGCAAUUUGGGGAGAAUCUCCGCACACAGAGCUCCGGAUGGUUCCCACUGGCAUACACAGAAAUUAUUAUCGACGAUAGUCUAGGAUCGCCGAGUCACGGAACAAACAAUGGUCGCGCAUCGGAGCCGCAGGCAAUUCCACCCUGUAAGCCUCCACCCUCCCGGCCGCCGGUGACACCGAACAGCAUCGACGAAGUGUCGAGUGGAUUCCAUGUGGUAGGAAACAACAGCGUCAACAACAGUAACAACAAUAACAGCACCCAGACUAAUGUAUCGAACAGCAACAAUUCUCACAAUUUAGCAACGCCUACUGCACGUCAAACUAAACCGAUCCGUCCAUCGGGCACUUUGCCCACUGUUCUGGCCGGUGGCCGUAGGAUACAGCCACCUGCUCCGCCUGUUCCACCCCCGCAGGUCGUGACGUCUCUUCACAGCAGUAACGACAGCGGUUUCUCAAACGAACCGCCGGCUCAGCCAGAUAUCGACUACAGCGACGACGAGGCCAUGAGACAACGGCGAAGAAAGCCGCGUGCCGAUAGAAUAACCGAGGCGGUGAAGCAGCACCAGAAGGACGAGAAGUCCAACAGCAAGGUCUGGGAGAACGAUUCGUGGAAGACGAUACCGAGGGACGAGAAGAGCUGGCACCUUUACAGGACCGCGAUGGACAUUUGGGCGGAGGCUAACGCGAAUCAGGGCAACGAGAACGGCGAGACGAGGUACUCUAAUCGACAUUACAACAGUCAGGAACGCAAGACCGGCAGGGACUUUUCCGAGCGCGGUACCAUGGAGAACGGGCCAACGAGGAAAUCGGGGAAGAAAACGCAGGACAGAUCGCAGAAGAACGAGUACGACAACCGUGGUCGCGGCAAUGCCAGCCACAAGAGCAAGGUGUCGAGCAACGAGGAACAAUCGAGAAAAUCCGGUAGGAGGAACAACGAGCAGGUGGAGCAGGAUCGACGGGAGCAGAAAAGGACGAAGGAGCACGAGGAGACAGAGGAGGACGAGAUCGAGCUGGAGGAGGAAGAGGACGACGCCUACAGCAGCAGGAUCGAUUACCAGAAGUACGAGGGAAAGAAGUAUUAUUCGGACAGAACCGACGGCCAGGAGCGUAACUCGCGUCGCGGUUACCGGCCAGUCGCGCAGGAGGAGUCCAAGUACGAGAACGAGAAGACGUCGUCGGCGUCCUCGUCGGGUACGGACGACGAGAGCACUAUCACGAUCCCGGAAACCGGCCGGAAGGUGGAGCACAUCGCGCAGAAACUGGAGCAAACUGCGCAAAAGUAUGCACGGGAGCACAGCCCUCCAAAGUUCAUGGAACGAAGGAACGAUUACAGGAGUUUAGAGCGGAGAGAGGAGAAGCAACCUCCGCCCCCUUACGAAAGGUACAACGAUUGCGAGAGGAAUCGUGCGCCGCAGAGGUUCGAGCGCGAGAGAGAACGAUACUUGGAAAAGUCGCCCACGACGGUCCAGAAGACCUCUACUUACGAAAGAGAAAGGACUUUCGAGAAGAAUCCCGACAGAAAUAGGAACAUCGAGCGAGCCUCGAGUCGCCGCUUCGAGAGACCCAGACCACCGUCCGAGGAAGCUCCUGAGAGGCCAACGGACUCUCGCAACGCGUACAGAGAGCGUAGGUAUUCGGACAAAGAGGAGGCGAUCUACGGCGAGACUAGAUACGUGCGCGAGAACGUGUCGGUGGACAAAGAGCGUGGUUACGAGUCGAAUUUCGAGACGAAACUGGAGAGAACGAAGGUGAUCGAGAGGCACGGCUACCAGAACCUGGGCCAGAGCAAUCUUCAGAAGUUCCAGAGGAACGGGCCGCAGAUCCUGGAGAAGAACGACACGAACAACAACACGCUGAAGGACGACAACCGGAAACCGCUGCUCCCCAGACAGGCUACCGCGGUGGGCCACCUGAUCCAGACAGGCAGAGCUUUCGACGUCGACUCGAAGAGUCCGAAGCUCGUGAAAAGAACAAAGUCCUUCUGGAGGUUCAGAAGAGACUCGGACGUGCUGGAGGGUAUGGCGCUGUGGCAGCACAGGUCUCUGGUCGACAUUCCGAAGAUGAUCAAGAAGGAGGUGAAAGACGACGCCAAUUCUGAAGACACGAAGAAACAAAGUCCAGAGGGCAGCCCGAACUCGCGGCAGAGUUUGGAGAAGAGGAACAGUGACGUGACCAUCACCAACGAUUCGCAUCACGAGGAGCCGAAACCAGCUGAGAGGAUCCACGUGCCGGAGAAGUCGGAUUAUUUCGAGGAUUUUCCUACGCCAGCUGAAAGGCCAAAGACCGUGGAGCGGUCCGAGUAUCGAAUGCAUCAGGAGGAAAGGUCUUACUUCAUGGGCAACGUCUCGCGGAAGGCGAUAAUCGAGAAAGAGCGAAAGCGCAGCCUGGAGGCGAAGCGUAACAUGAUCGUGGCCGAACUGAAGGAGAACAACGAGGCGAAGAGGAACGAGAGGAGGAAGAAGUACACCGACGACGAGGACGGUUUGACCCAGAACUUCAGCGAGACCGAGGCCUCCGACGAGGAGUCCACGUACAGUUGCAUCGUGGUGAAGGACCAAACAGUGGCGGAGAAGACUCUUCUUCCGAGAACUAAACUCCGCAGGGACUCCGAGCGGGAGAAAAAUACCUGUGGACCAUGGUACGACCUUUGGGGAGUGGACGCCUCCGUGAACAAGAAGAAGAAGAAGAAACAGCAAUAAAUCUAUUAAACUCUCUUCUUCGUUCGGACUUGUUCGAAUCGGUAUCAUUGUUUCGGUCCCCCGUGGGCCCUUGGAACGGUUUAUCGCGUUUCACGGUUUAUUAACGCUACUCCGGCGAUCCGAGGAUGCUGCAGGUCGGACGAGCCUGAGGACCACGAGAUAGUUAACACGCGAUUCGUUUUACGAUUUUCCCCCCUUAAGAUUUUGCUCGUUUUUAAGUUUACCAUUGCAUUCCAAUUUUAUUAUCAUCCCCAGCCUCGUAUACCCGAUCAAUUCGCACCACGAAUGACCGUUCGCAAGUCUUCCACGUAGCGCAGUUCCCAUUGCUUCUUCGAACGUUUCAGCCUGUUUCUGUUUUUCCAAGCAUAGUUACGUAUACCGUUUCACGCUGCUUUCGUCGACGCUUCUUUACGACCGAAUCAACGUGUUGACGUUAAGCUCGUAAAGUAAAUCGGAAUAGAAACCAGCGCUUUGGCCCGCCACUCAGACUGCAGCCUGUUAACACGUUCGUCGCC